CUUCUCUUUUACUUUUUAUGCAGUUGUGAAUGCAAACAAUAAAACCAUCUGCUAAUCUGACUUUGCACUUAUUAUCAUCAAACUGUUGGCAAUGACUGAAGUCGACCCUACAUCCACAACGCCAGCUCCUUCACGACGUCGGGCACAUCGCAAGUCAAGGAUGGGCUGCAAGGCAUGCAAAAGAAGUCGAAUCAAGUGUGACGAGACUCGUCCGGUCUGUAAAAACUGCCAUAAACGAGACGCGUUUUGCGAGUAUCUUGCCACGUCUCAGCCAAGUCAUUACUCUGGAAAUAACGUGGAGAUUAUUCCAAAACAAACACAAUCUUCUGUUGAGCCCACGCCUUUCGCACGCUCUUGGCCGACAACUCGGACGCGCAUCAGUCUGUCGUUGUACGAGAUAUUUACUGCGCGAACUUCACCAAUUCCAGAACACCUGUUCGAACUCCAAUUAUUACAGCACUUCAUUAAAAUGACGAGAAAGACAACCAAGGCUCAAGCUACCUGGUCAUUCUGGAUCCUAGAGCAAGCCACCCAGUCAACUAGUGUCAUGGAUGCGAUUCUUGGUACCUCUGCAUCUCAUCUUGAACACUUGAGCAAGCACAAGGCAAAACUGUUAUUAAUCUCACAUAGAUACAUGGCUCGUGCAAUAGAAGUCCAUCAAAGGGAUUUGAAUGGAGGUUUGAAUCAAUCCAACACCUCUAGAGUCGCCGCGUCCUGCGCACUUAUCUGCAUGCAUGCCAACCUGAAAUCAUACUCUCUUCAAGGCGAUAGCGACCAACGCCAGCCUUACGACUGGUUUAUAUCGUCCCGUAGGGCUAUAAACCUCUUUAAAGGGGUCCCGUCAAUGAUCGAAAACCCCUCUAUUGGCCAAGAGUUCUCAACUCUCUGCCCCGUCAUUCCCUACGAGAUCCAACCAAACCCUUUUAGCUUUUUACUCCAUUGGAACCCUCCAUCGACGUUAUUUGACCAAGAGGAGCUCAACAUUUGCAUGACGGCAGUAGCCCAUCUCUCGUAUAUCUAUAACAAACUGGAUACUGAAAAGCCUCUGCGAUUUCCAGUUACCGUUUCAGAUAGCUUCGUCAAUCUCGUUGCAGCAAAGAAUCCUCGGGCUUUGGCUAUCUGUGGAUAUUUCUUUAUGGUAGUAAAGCUGGGGCGACAGAUUUGGUGGAUUGAUGGUGCGCCGGAACGAGAGUUUGAUCUGGUUAUGAGGUGUUUGCCACGAGACUGGUGGUCAGUUAUGGACUGGGCCGUUCGAAUUUUUCAGUGGAAGGAUCGGGGUGUAGUAUGAUAGAUACCCACGUUAACAAUCACCAUAUCACAAAGGAUGGCAAAUAAACAGGGUCUAAUUGGAUGAGGUAGAACGGGGACUUUCUUGAGGCCGACUAUGUUAAUAAGAAGUGUGGAUAGUAGUCG